CAUGGUUACCAGUGCAGACCCCAGUGUCCCUUUAAGCCCCCCACUUCCCUGAUGACGCAUCCCAGCGCGUUUGUCCAGUUUCCGCCGACCAGAAUCUGUUUGUUGAAUGUACCGUUCUGUGCAGGUUCGGGAUGGUACUCGUCAAGGAAUAUCAAGUGGUGUUGCCAUGUUCAGUAGAAGAGUACCAGGUUGGCCAACUGUACUCAGUUGCCGAGGCCAGUAAGAACAACACAGGAGGGGGAGAGGGGAUUGAAGUGCUCCGAAAUGAACCCUACGAAAAAGAAGGGGAGAAGGGCCAGUACACCCACAAAAUCUAUCACAUACACAGCAAGGUGCCCAGCUUCAUUCAGAUGUUUGCCCCAGAGGGAGCCCUGGUGUUUCACGAGAAAGCCUGGAAUGCCUAUCCCUAUUGUCGCACCAUUGUUACAAAUGAGUACAUGAAAGAUGACUUUUUCAUUAAGAUUGAGACUUGGCAUAAACCUGACUUGGGAACAACUGAUAAUCCUCAUGGACUCCCCCCUGAGGAGUGGGAGGAGACUGAGGUAGUGCCAAUCGAUAUUGCUGAUCGUUCUCAGGUGGAUGAUGUGGAUUAUAAGCCAGAUGAGGAUCCAGCCCUUUUUCACUCUGAGAAAACUGGCAGAGGACCACUGGGACCAGGAUGGAAGAAGGAGCUUCAUAACAGUAACUGUCCCUACAUGACUGCAUACAAGUUGGUGACUGUGCAUUUCCGUUGGUGGGGUCUUCAGGGGCGUGUGGAGAGCUUCAUUCACAAGCAAGAGAAGAGGCUCUUCACUAAUUUCCACCGUCAGCUGUUCUGCUGGCUGGACCGCUGGGUGGACCUCACCAUGGAUGACAUCCGCAGGAUGGAGGAGGAGACGCAGCGGGAACUGGAUCAGAUGCGUAAUGAAGGAUCAGUUCGAGGAAUGAAAGCAGGAGAAGACUAGAGCAGAAACAACUGAGGAAUGACAAGAAAAACUGGGGCUACUUUUUGUUUUACCUCCUUCAGUCCUCACAUGGCCAAUCACAGUGUGCCGCUUCACCAAGCCCUUCCGAACUGUCAUCUCUUACCCAGGAAGUGUCCAUUAUCAUAUGCGAGAGAGUAUGUGUGUGUAUGUGAGAGAGAGAAAGAGAGAGAGAGAGAGAGAGUGUAUGUAUGUAUGUGUGUGUGUGCGUGCACAAGCAUGUGCACAUGUAAAAAAAAAAAAAAAAAAAAAAAAAAAGUGUGUGCAUUUGUGGCGGUGCAGUUUGACUCUGAACCUCAUCAUUUGCUGCCAAAUUCUUUGGGAUUUUACUUAAAGCGUGUUAAGUAAUGUCAGCGUUUCUUUUUAUAAUUAAGUAUUAUAACUGUUUUAUGGUUUUUGGUUCAUUUCGCAACCAUCAGCUUUUUACUCAGUGUGCCAGUGGGGUCCUAAGGGCCAAGUUUUACAAAACAAAACGGUUUUGGGGACGCAUUUCACUAAACAUGUAUUUCAACCAUAAAUAAAAGACUAAGCGAUUUACUUAUUGCAAUUAAAAUUCAUUAUGUUUAUGAAUUUCUCUGUGGGGGAACUUACUGUACGCUACAAGAGAAGGGCAUGUGUAAUAAAAACUACACAGGUAACUGAAAAAAAAACUAUUAUAACGAUUGCUUGUUUUUUCCUCAUAUGAAUCUCGAAAAGCACGAUGGACAGAGCCUCUGUUGGGCUUUGUGUUUUUUUGGAUUUCUCUCUGCACUGAAGGCUUGUUGCAGUGUAAGCGUCCUCGUUGCUGGGUGAGAGGAGCUGUGUGGAUGAGACUGUUUUUAACUCAAGUGUAAGACCCUUGAAGCCUCUCACACUUUUGACUGACAUGCAGCACGCCACGCCUCCCCACUGGGGUGAAGCGGGUCAGAACUUUUGGAACCAAGUCCGAUUUACAAAAAUGUAACGAAAAAAAAAAUAAAAACAAACAUCAUUGACUGUCACAA